UCCGGGAUGUGGAUCUACAUUUUGGAUGUACAUGGAAAAAGAUACGGCAGGCGCAAGGAUACCGGGCAGAUACUCGGCGCUAGCAGGUGCACUCCAAAAGGCACAACUGGUUAAAAUAAAAUAAAACGCGAAUGAUGGGCUGACGAUCGCCGUUUGCAGUUCUACGUGGAUCCAAGACUCGUAAAAACAGCGAUCCCGUGUUUCUGCUAGCAUGAUCCCGAGGACUUUCUGACGCUCCGGCAGACUGACCAAGAGCUUUGCAUCAUGUCAGGGACGUACACCCCGGCUCCUGGAGGGCCCUUCUCCGCUCUGACCCCCAGCAUGUGGCCGCAGGACAUUUUAGCCAAAUACCAUCAGAAAGACCUUUCAGAGCAGCCUGAAGUUCAGUAUGAUGAGUUUGGCUUCAGAGUGGACAUUGAAGAGGGUGUGGAGGCCCAGAGCUGGCUGUGCAGUGAGGGCUCUCCCCAGCGAGAGGACCCCCAGCAGAGGCUGCGUUGGCAGGCUCACCUGGAGUUCACUCACAACCACACAGUGGGAGAUUUGACCUGGGACCUGAUCUCCCCCACCCUGCCACACUCCGACAGGCUACGCUCGUUGGUGCUCGGGGGUAUACCACACAGUAUGAGACCACAGCUUUGGAUGCGUUUGUCAGGAGCACUCCAAAAGAAGAGGACCUCUGAGAUUUCCUACAGAGAGAUAAUUAAGAAUAGUUCUAAUGAUGAAAGCACCACUUCAAAACAGAUUGAGAAGGACCUUCUGCGAACCAUGCCCUCUAAUGCCUGCUUUAACAACAUGAGCAGUGUGGGGGUGCCCAGGCUGAGGCGGGUACUCCGGGGGCUGGCAUGGCUCUAUCCAGAUAUAGGGUACUGCCAGGGCACGGGAAUGGUCGUGUCAUGUCUACUGCUGUUCCUGGAGGAGGAGGACGUGCUGUGGAUGAUGUGUGCUCUGAUAGAGGACCUCCUCCCUCCCUCGUACUUCUCCUCCACUCUGCUGGGCGUGCAGACUGACCAGAGAGUACUGAGGCAGCUCAUAGUGCAGUACCUGCCCGACCUGGACCGCCUGUUGCAGGACCAUGAUAUAGAGCUGUCCCUGAUCACGUUGCACUGGUUCCUAACGUCCUUUGCCAGUGUGGUGGACAUCCGGCUGCUGCUCAGGAUCUGGGACCUGCUCUUCUACCAGGGCUCUCUGGUUCUCUUUCAGGUCACUCUGGGCAUGCUCAAAAUCAAGGAGGACGAGCUGGUUUCGUCUGAGAACUCGGCGUCCAUCUUUAACACUCUCUCGGACCUGCCGAGUCAGCUCCGUGAUGUGGCGGUGCUGCUGGGAGAGGCCAUGAGGCUGGCCGGUUCUCUGUCACAGGAGACACUGGAGGCGCACAGACACAAGCACCUGGCCUACAUCCUCAACGAACAGGCCCAACUUAACAACGGCAACACGGCGAUCAACAGCAACAUCAACAAGGUGGUGAGGAGACAGUCUCUGCGCAGGAAGUCCACCCUGAGCUCCCUUCUGUUUGGAGAGGAUGAGGCAGAGGCCCUCAAGUCUAAGAACAUCAAACAGACUGAGCUGGUGGCUGCUCUGAGGGAGGCCAUCACACGCACAGCUCAGCACUUCCACUGUCUGGACCCACGCCACGGGAGCACGGACCUGACGCCAGACUACUCCAUGGAGAGCCACCAGAGGGACCAUGAGAACUUCCUGAUGGUGUCCAGGAACCGGAGGAGACGGGCCAAAGCGCUGCUGGACUUUGAGCGCCAUGAUGACGACGAGCUGGGCUUCAGGAAAAACGACAUCAUCACUAUCAUUUCACAGAAGGAUGAACACUGCUGGGUAGGGGAGCUCAAUGGGCUUCGAGGAUGGUUUCCUGCCAAGUUUGUUGAAAUACUGGAUGAGAGGAGCAAAGAGUACUCUUUGGCAGGAGAUGACUCUGUUACCGAGGCUGUGACAGACCUGGUUCGGGGAACGCUGUGUCCAGCUCUGAAGGCCAUUUUCUACCACGGCCUCAAGAAGCCGUCCAUACUGGGAGGACCAUGUCACCCCUGGUUAUUCAUAGAGGAGGCGGCAAGUAGAGAAGUUGAGAGAGACUUCAACUCUGUGUACUCCAGGCUGGUGUUGUGUAAAACAUACAGGUUAGAUGAAGAUGGGAAAGUUCUAACACCAGAGGAGCUGUUGUACAGAGCAGUGCAGUCUGUGAACAUGAGCCACGACUCUGCACACGCUCAGAUGGACGUCAAGUUCAGGUCUUUGAUCUGCGUUGGACUCAAUGAGCAGGUGCUGCACUUGUGGCUGGAGGUCCUGUGCUCCAGUAUGGCUGUGGUGGAGAAGUGGUACCAGCCCUGGUCCUUCCUGCGCAGCCCGGGCUGGGUCCAGAUCAAGUGUGAACUCAGGGUCUUAUCAAAGUUUGCCUUCAGUCUGUCCCAGGACUGUGAGCUUCCUGACAAGAAAGAGGAGAAGGAGCAGAGGCCACUCAAAGAAGGCGUGCAGGACAUGUUGGUGAAGCAUCAUCUCUUUAGCUGGGACAUCGACGGUUAGACACAUACAGCUAUGUGUGUGUGCGCCUCCUGUCAAUCAAAGGUUAAAACCACACCAAUAAGACUUGAAUAAGGCCAUCUUGGUCUAACAAUUCUCAAAAUUUUCGCAUUUUCUGGCUCCGUAUAUAAACCAAAUCUAUUGUGCAACAUAGGGUGGAGAUCAACAUGGUGCAAGUGGCAUUUUGGGCAAAAUUGAGUUGUGUAUAAAGUCAUUAACAGCUGCCAAAAAAACUUUUUUAACUUCUUGUUGGAAAAAGACAACAGCAUCCUACAUUUGUGUAUAUAGAAUUGUCCAGUGCCAAAGGGCUGCUAUAGAAUGUUAUACAAUUCUACUAACACAUGGCUUGAAAUGUUACUGUUCACAUUUUUUGAAAUUUUGUUACCAGUUUUGUUUAAGAAUUGCUUUAUAGGUCAGCAAAAAUUUAGCUUUUUUGACAAAUUUAAGAAAAAUAUAUGAUGUGUCAUAAGAAAAUUGUCAGAAUCGUUGAUCAAGAUGCACAUCAACAUUUUGUGCAAUUUUCCAAAGGAGGGUAUUUAUUUUAUUAGCCAAACCUAAAGCCUGAUCUAAGCAGAAGCUAAGCAGGUCUGGGUCUCGUUACUCCUUGGAUGGGAGACGCUGGGAAUACCAGGUACCACAGUGGAGUGCCACUGUCAUUGUGUCCUUAGGCAAGACACUUCACCCACCUCGUCUAGCAUGAAUGUGGUGUGAGUGUUGGUGGUGGUUGGAGGGGCCAGUGGUGCAGAUUGGCAGCCUCACUUCUGUCAGUCGGCCCCAUGCAAGAAAUUGUGAAGUAACUUUGAGCGUAUAGAAAAGCCCUACAUUAGACAUUAAUAAUAAUGCGUUAUUAUUAUUAUUAUUAUUUCUGUAAUUUUUUGUUUAAUAUAACAGUCAAUUCAAUUACCUUAAAGUGGACCUGUUCUGCAAAAUCGACUUCUCAGAGCUUUUAAAGAUGUUAUAGUUGUUCUUCUCAUUCACCCUCUCAAAGUUGUAUUUGAAGUGCUUUAUGCAUGUUUGAGCAAUCUUUAAUCACUUUUUUCAAGACGCUAUAUUGGCAUCAACUCCCGUUUUCACCGACACACGCCCACUGUUCUGCACACAUUUUCUUAAUCAGUGAUAUGUGCAGUAUGUGGUAGUGUCAUGUAGUCAUUUUGGUUCAAAUGAAAAAAAAUCCACUACUCCCCAGUGUGAUCUGCAGCUCCAGAGGCCUACGGCUACAUGGCUCUUUGUUGUGGCGACGUUUACAGCGACUUCGCGUAACUUACCUUAGUACAUUUCAGAUGGCAAAAAUAUGAUCAGUGUUAUCCAAAUAAAUAUUGCCCAGCCGAGUUCUGUUCCUUGUGAAGUUGCCAAAAUGUCACUUGCACUUCCAAAUAUCACCCCUUAAUAUUUUCUUCUUUUAAAAAUAAAAAAUAGUGCAAAAAAUGUGUACUUUCCAAACAAUAUUUCUACAAUUGUGUCUACAUCAAUGUGACUAUGUAGAACGCAAAGGACCUGUCUCCUGUUUGACCAAAAUCUUAACAUUCCAAAAAAAAAAUAUAAACAAAAUAUAAAAAAAAUAGUCCGGCAUACCUCAGAAUACACUUCAAAAAGUACUCUGUUACUUUAAAAACCUGUUGCCUUCUGAGUAGUGAUGAUAACACUAUGGGUAGGUGGGUUACUAUGGUAGCAUGCACUUGCCAAUGUUAUGUAAAUAAAGCUAUACAUAAAAAUAUAUAUAUGUUGUUGAAAUUCACAGUGAAUAAAUGUUGUAUUUCAUCUAGAA